AUACCCUUCAUGGCUGAGUUAAACUUUCACUGUAAUUCAUCCAGCUGAAUUAUGAGGGCUUAUCAUUGGUUUUCAACAACUUCAGCCCUAUGGCUAAAGGAGAGAAGAUUCUCCUUCAGAACAUACUUUGAAGCCUUUAGAUUGUUCAUUCAUGGCUGGAGCUGACUGUUUUCCUUUAGUAGUUUUUCCAGAGAUGCUGAGUGCUGCAAUCCAGCAUUAUAUUUCCCACUUUUCCAAAAAUGUUUAAAAGUAUCACUAAAUUCCUUGUACUUCACAAGUGGCAAUUUAGGAAAUCAAAUGGAUCUAUGUAGUAUAUUUAGAUAGUUCACACAACAAACUAUCAGUACUCUGUAUACACCAGAAGAAGAAACCAUGGCAAUUUUAGGCCUCAUCAAAUUAGAGAGACAACUCUAGGUAAGAACCGCUAUACUGAUUAGAGAAAUUUAUCCUUACAAUACUAAUUCUCUAGAACCUCUCCUGGUACCAAAAUCUGUAUUAGUUACGGUUCUCUAGAGGAACAGGAUCAAUGGAAAAUAUAUGUAUAAAAUUCAAGGGGAUUUAUUAGAUAGACUUACAGAAUCUGAGGGAGGAGAGUCCACAGUAGCUGUCUGUGGGACCAGAGGCAGGAGAGCUCUUCUAAAAUGUGGACAGUUCCUUCUUUUCCCUUUUAUCUCAGGAUAUAAGCCUAUUGGUUGGUGCCAGCCUCAUCUGGGAUGAAUCUUACCCCCUUGGUUUGCUGGCCUACAUAUCAGUCAUCCACAGACACAUAUGGAAAUGUGCUUCACUAAUCUGCUAGGUUUUUCUUUAUCCAUUCAAGUUGACAUACCAUAAUUAACAGUCACACGAUGGGUGACACUCCUGGUCUCCAAUUCUCCACACUCCCAUCUGCCUACUUCUUUUUGCAACUCAAGAUCCUAACUCAAGCUAUCUGUUUUGGCCCCUCCAACUGCCCCUCCCAUCCCCAGUUCCCUAUCAUUUGUCCUUCUCUCAGAAGCACAUCAUUCUCCAGAGCCAAAGGAUCAAGUAUUCAGUGGCUCAGGUGACAAACCUGCUGUCAGGUUACAGAUAUUAUUUCCUGAAAGACCACACUACAGUGUCAGUGGAGCCUCAAGCUGCCUACAGUGCCCUGUCUUCACCUGGCUGUUCCACGGGAGGUGAGAAUAACUAGAAUCCACUUCUAGUACCAGUGCUGCCCCAGGAACAUGGCUCUGAGCCUCUGGGCCCUUCUGCUGCUGCUGUCCUUCACAGUGACUCUGGCCACUACUGGGCCUCAGUCCCUGGACCCUGAUCUCUCCCUCCUGAAGUCAUUCCUCUCCACUCUGGACCAGGCUCCCCAGGGUUCCUUCAGCCGCUCACGGUUCUCUGCAUUCCUGGCCAACAUUUCUUCUUCUUUUGAGGAUGGGAGAAUGGGGGAGGGACCAGUGGGAGAGCCCCCACCUCUCCAGCCCCCUGCCCUUCGUCUCCAUGAUUUCUUAGUGACACUGAGAGGUAGUCUAGACUGGGAGCCAAUGCUUGGGCUACUGGGGGAUGUGCUGGCACUACUGGGACAGGAGCAAACUCCGCGGGACUUCCUGGUACACCAGGCAGGUGUUCUGGGAGGACUUGUGGAGGUACUGCUGGGAGCUUUAGUUCCUGGGGAGCCUCCUUCCCCUACAAGGCCGCUGUGUACCCGUGAUGGGCCUUCUGACUGUGUCCUAGCUGCUGACUGGUUGCCUUCUCUGCUGCUGCUGUUAGAGGGCACCCGCUGGCAGGCCCUGGUGCAGGUGCAGCCCAGCAUGGACCCCACCAAUGCCACAGGUUUUGAGGGGAGGGAGCCAGCACCUCACCUUCUGCAGGGUCUGUUGGGCUUGCUUACCCCACCAGGGGAGCUGGGCUCUGAGGAUGCUCUUUGGGGUGGUCUGCUACGCACAGUGGGGGCCCCCCUCUAUACUGCCUUCCAGGAGGGGCUGCUCCGUGUCACACACUCCCUGCAGGAUGAGGUCUUUUCCAUUAUGGGCCAGCCAGAGCCUGAUGCCAAUGGGCAGUGCCAUGGAGGUAACCUUCAACAGCUGCUCUUAUGGGGCAUCCGGCAUAAUCUUUCCUGGGAUGUGCAGGCACUGGGCUUUCUGUCUGGAUCGCCACCCCCACCUCCUGCUCUCCUCCACUGCCUGAGCACUGGUGUGCCUUUGCCCAGGACUUCCCAGCCCUCAGCCCACAUUAGGCCUCGCCAACGACGAGCUAUCUCUGUGGAGGCCCUCUGUGAAAACCACCCAGGCCCAGCACCACCCUACAGCAUCUCUAACUUCUCCAUCCAUUUGCUCUGCCAGCAUGCCAAGCCUGCCACCCCACAACCCCCUCCUAGCACUGCUGCCAUCUGCCACACUGCUGUAUGGUAUGCAGUCUCAUGGGUACCAGGUGCCCAACGCUGGCUGCAGGCUUGCCAUGACCAGUUUCCUGCUCAAUUCCUGGAUGCAAUCUGUAGCAACCUCUCCUUUUCAGCCCUGUCUGGCCCCAAUCGUCGUCUGGUAAAGCGGCUCUGUGCUGGCCUUCUCCCACCCCCUACCAGCUGCCCCGAUGGCCUGGCCCCUGUGCCUCUCACCCCAGAGAUCUUCUGGGGAUGCUUCUUGGAGAACGAGACUCUGUGGGCUGAACGGCUGUGUGUAGAGGCAAGUCUGCAGGCUGUGCCCCCUAGCAAUCAGGCAUGGGUUCAGCAUGUGUGCCAGGGGCCCACGCCAGAUGCCACUGCCUUCCCACCCUGCCAUAUUGGACCCUGUGGGGAACACUGCCCAGACGGGGGCAGCUUCCUGCUGAUGGUCUGUGCCAAUGAUACCAUGUAUGAGGCCCUGGUGCCCUUCUGGCCUUGGUUAGCAGGCCAGUGCAGGGUAAGUCGUGCGGGCAAUGACACUUGCUUUCUAGAAGGGCUUCUGGCCCCCCUUCUGCCUUCCCUGCCACCUCUUGGGCCAUCUCCACUGUGCCUGGCCCCUGCCCCCUUCCUGCUGGGUAUGUUGUCCCAGGUGCCACGCUGCCAGUCCUCAGUGCCAGCCCUUGCCCACACCACACGCUUGCACUAUUUCCUGCGCCUGCUGAGCUUCCUUCUGGGCCCAGGGGCUGGAGGGGCUGAGGCCCAGGGGACGCUGGGUCAGGCCCUGCUGCUCUCCAGUCUCCCCGACAACUGCUCCUUCUGGGACGCCUUCCGCCCAGAAGGCCGGCGCAGUGUGCUACGGACAGUCGGGGAGUUCCUGGAGCAAGAAGAGCCAACCCUAGCAGGCUUUGAACCCACUGUCAGCCUCAGCUCUGGUAUGAGCAAGAUGGAGCUCCUGUCCUGCUUCAGUCCUGUGCUGUGGGAUCUACUCCAGAGGGAGAAGAGUGUUUGGGCCCUGAAGAUCCUAGUACAGGCAUACCUACACAUGCCCCCAGAGAACCUGCAGCACCUAGUGCUUUCAGCAGACACAGAAGCUGCACAGGGCUUCCUGACCCUCAUGCACCAGCUCACAACCAUUCCUGGGCCCCUACAGGUACCACCAACUGAGGAGCAGGCCAUGGGCCACUUAAUGGCCCUGCUCCUCCAGCGGUACCCACGCCUCACUUCCCAGCUCUUCAUUGAUCUGUCACCACUCAUCCCCUUCUUGGCUGUCUCUGACCUGAUGCGCUUCCCACCAUCCCUGUUGGCCAAUGACAGUGUCCUGGCUGCCAUCCGAGAUCACAGCUCAGGAAUGAAGCCUGAACAGAAGGAGGCCCUGGCAAAGCGACUGUUGGCCCCUGAGCUAUUUGGGGAAGUGCCUGCCUGGCCCCAGGAGCUGUUGUGGGCAGUCCUCCCUCUGCUCCCCCACCUCCCUCUGGAGAACUUCCUGCAGCUCAGCCCUCAUCAGAUACAGGCCCUGGAGGAUAGCUGGCCAGUGGCUGGUCUUGGUCCAGGGCAUGCCCGGCAUGUGCUUCGAAACCUGGUAAACCAGAGUGUCGAGGAUGGUGAGGAGCAGGUCCGCAGGCUUGGGUCCCUUGCUUGUUUCCUGAGCCCUGAGGAGCUACAAAGGCUGGUGCCCUUGAGUGAUCCAAUGGGGCCAGUAGAACGGGGGCUGUUGGAAUGUGCGGCCAACGGGACCCUCAGCCCAGAAGGACGGGUGAGCUCUUUGGCCCAGGCCUGCAAGAUUUCAGGGGACUGUGUGAGUGGUGACACAGCCUGUGUGUCAAGCAGUCUCAAGCACAGUGGUGCCAGCCCUGGAUCCACCUCUGUCACCUCCAUUCCUUACUCUAUGGUCAUUCUCAUCUGUUACCAUCCCUCCCUGCCCCUAUCCUAUCUGGUGCCAGACUGCCUGCUUCCCCUGCUCCCAUUAAAGCUGCUACAACUGGACACUGCAGCUCUUCUGGCAAACCGGAGGCGCUACCGGGCGCUGCCCUGGUCUGAGCAGCAGGCACAGUUUCUCUGGAAGAAGAUGCAGGUGCCCACCAACCUGACGCUCAGGAAUCUGCAGGCUCUGAGCAACCUGGCAGCAGGCAUGUCCUGUGAGUUUCUGCAGCAGAUCAGCUCCAUGGCAGACUUCCUUGAAGUGGUACACAUGCUUUACCGACUGCCCACUGGGGUUCGAGGGAGCCUGAGGGCCUGUAUCUGGGCAGAACUACAGCGGAGGAUGGCAAUGCCAGAGCCAGAAUUGACAACCCUGGGGCCGGAACUGAGUGGACUUGACACCAAACUACUCCUGGAUUUACCGAUCCCAUUGAUGGACAUACUGUCCAAUGAAUCCAUUAUGUUGGUGGUAGAGCUGGUACAAGGAGCUCCAGAGCAGCUGCUGGCACUGACCCCACUCCACCAGGCAGCCCUGGCAGAGAGGGUACUACGAAACCUCGCUCCAAAGGAGACCCCAAUCUCAGAGGAAGUGCUGGAGACACUGGGCCCCUUGGUUGGAUUCCUGGGUAUAGACAGCAUACGACGGAUCCCUCUACCGAUCCUGCUGUCUCAUCUCAUUCAGCUGCAGGGCUUCUGCCUAGGAGAUACAUUUGCCACAGAGCUGGGAUGGCUCCUGUUGCAGGAACCCGCUCUUGGGAAACCAGAGUUGUGGAGCCAGGAUCAAGUAGAGCAAGCUGGACGCCUUGUAUUUACUCUGUCUACUGAAGCUAUUUCCUUGAUUCCCAGGGAGGCCUUGGGCCCAGAGACUCUGGAGCGGCUUCUAGAAAAGCAGCAAAGCUGGGAACAGAGCAGAGUCGGACAGCUGUGUGGGAGACCACAGCUUGCUCCCAAGAAAGCAGCCUUGGUAGCUGGGGUUGUACGGCCAACUGCUGAGGAUCUUCCAGAGCUUGUACCAACUUGUGCAGACAUCCGAGGGACCUUCCCAGCAGCCUGGUCUGCAACCCAGAUUGCAGAGAUGGAGCUCUCAGACUUUGAGGACUGCCUGGCACUGUUUGCAGGAGAUCCAGGGCUUGGGCCUGAAGAACUACAGGCAGCCAUGGGAAAGGCAAAGAAGUUGUGGGGUCCGCCCCGAGGAUUCCGUCCUGAGCAGAUUCUGCAGCUGGGCCGGCUCUUCAUAGGGUUAGGAGAGCAAGAGCUACAGGAGCUGACCCUGGUGGACUGGGGGGUGCUGAGCACCCUGGGGCAGAUAGAUGGCUGGAGCUCUGUCCAGCUACGGGUUGUGGUCUCCAGUUUCCUCCGGCAGAGUGGUCGGCACGUCAGCCACCUGGACUUCAUUCACCUGACAGCACUGGGCCACACACUCUGUGGUCUGCGGCCAGAGGAGCUACAGCAUAUCAGCAGUUGGGAAUUUAGCCAAGCAGCUCUUUUCCUGGGCAAUCUGCCUCUCCAGUGCUCUGAGGAACAGCUGGAGGUUCUGGCCCACCUCCUUGUGCUGCCUGGUGGCUUUGGCCCGGUCAGUAACUGGGGGCCUGAGAUCUUCACCGAAAUUGGCACAAUAGCAGCUGGGAUCCCAGACCUGGCUCUUUCAGCUCUUCUGCGGGAACAGAUCCAGGGCCUGACUCCUCUUGCCAUUUCUGUGAUCCCUGCUCCUAAAUUUGCUGUGGUGUUCAGCCCCACCCAGCUAUCUAGUCUCACCAGUGCUCAGGCUGCCGCUGUCACUCCUGAGCAAAUGGCCCUUCUGAGUCCUGAGCAGCAACGAGCAGUUGCAUGGGCCCAACAUGAGGGGAAAGAGAGUCCUGAAUGGCAGAGUCGAAGCUCAGCUUGGGGUUCUCAGUACUGGUCACAACCCUCCUGGGCCCUGGCACUGAUCAGCUUCCUUGGCCACCUGCUGUAAGCCUGUCUUUACAGUUGAGGGAGAUUUCUGUAGAGAGAAACCUUACAUCAUAAUGAAUAAAGCACAAAUGGAAAUGCAUUCUAAUUAUCUCAGAAGCUGAUGAGGAAUAUGGGUAAAUGCUAAGGCUCUCCACCCACCUGAGAGCCAGCUUUUCUGGCAUGCUCACUUAAAGUCUCCUUCCAUCAUAAAUAACCCCACUGCUUCUUUUCAUUUCCUGGAGGCUGCUCCUUCUUCAUUCCACCAAUAGAAAGAACAGAGACAGCUGGAGCAUAGGAAGGAGUCUCUACCAGAAUGGAGGCAGGAAUAGGGGCAGGUCCAGGGCAAGUAGAAUUGGCCACCAUGAGAUGCUUAGGAUGUCUGGGGAUUUUGAGUCAUCUGCCUGAGAUACAGAGUUAAUGUUUGUUGUGGAUAAGAGUUGAAGGGAUAUGGAUAUCCUGGCCUCUUUCCUGAUACCAUUCACAGUCAAUAAAAUGGUUAAUCUCUAAUCCUUGAUCUCUGCUUCCCAAAGUCUGAGUUUCUUUAGCACUGACUGAUUUUCUGGCUCUGGAAAUUCAUUUCCAGUCGCUUCCUCACUAACUUGAAUUUCAUUUCAAAUUCUAUUACAUUCCUGGGGCUCUCUCACUGUCACACCUCAGCCCCCCUAGACCUACCCUCCUCACUCUGAUCCCUUAGCAUUCUCACCUCUGACUUGCCCAGUUGACCCAAAUUAGAGAGUCAAAGAUGCUGCCUGUGGCAGGAGUAUUAAGCUCUUCAGUAUCUUUGGGAAGUGGCUAUCCUCGAGAGAGAAAGGGAUUGGAGGGAGAGACUUCCUACCUGCUCAGCGCUCUUUCCUUUGAAUUAAGUCACAACGUGUCUGGCUGUCUUCAAAGGGCCCACUCCUUCUCCCUCCCCAUCCACACUUCCCUUUGUUAUUUAUACCCCUCUCUAAGCCCAGAGAUCUUUUACUUUGUUGAGGAGGGGCAGUCUGGUGUAUAC